AUGCAGCAUGUAAACGUUUCAGCUGAGGGUGGAAGCAAUGUGUCUGCUCUAGUCGUGUCUGACAACACAGUUCAGGGGGACAUCAACUUCACAAUCAUUCAUAACCAUGAUGCUGCACAUUCAACUCAAGCACCGAAUUGUGAUGGAUUCUUUAAGUGCCAACAAAAGCUGAAAAACAGGCUAAAAUCUAAGUACGAAAAGGUGUUUGAAGGCAUAGCAAAGCAGGGGAACCCUGCAUCUUUGCAGAAGAUCUACACAGAGCUCUACAUCACAGAGGGAGAAUGUGUCGAGAUCUGUACGGAGCACGAGGUCAGACAGAUUGAGAUAGCAUCCAGGACACAAGUGACAAAUGGAGAAAUGUCAAUCAAAUGCACUGACAUCUUCAAGGCCUUACCUGGACAAGACAAGCAAAUCAGAACAGUGCUGACAAAGGGGAUAGCUGGAAUUGGGAAGACAGUCUCUGUGCAGAAGUUCAUUCUGGAGUGGACUGAAGGACGAGCCAAUCCGGACAUUCACUUCCUGCUUCCUGUGCCUUUUCGGGAGAUCAAUUUAAUGAAAGAGAAGGACUACUCUCUUGAGGACUUCAUCCAUCACUUCUUCAGUGAAACAGAUGGCCUUCUAUUUUCCACUGACGACAAAUACAACAUUGCCUUCCUCUUUGAUGGUUUGGAUGAAAGCAGGCAUCCUCUGAAUUUCCAGGAUAAUGAAUGCAUCUACAAUGUAUCAGAACCUGCCUCAGUGGAUGUCAUUCUCACAAACCUCAUCAAGGGGAACCUGCUUCCCUCUGCUCUUGUGUGGAUCACUUCCCGGCCAGCAGCAGCCAAUCAGAUCCCUCCUGAGUGUGUGGACCAGGUGACAGAAGUACGGGGUUUCACUGACUCACAGAAAGAGGAGUAUUUUAGCAAGAAAAUCAGUGAACAGGAAGUGGCCAGCAGAAUCAUUACACACCUGAAAUCAAAGUCAUGCAGGAGUCUCUACAUUAUGUGUCACAUUCCAGUCUUCUGUUGGAUGGCAGCCACCGUUCUGAUGUCUAUCCUGACUAAAGCCAAGAGUAAAGAGAUUCCAUCCUCCUUGACCCAGAUGUACACACACUUCCUCAUCAUACAAGCCAAAAAGCACAAAGACAUCUGGAACUUGAAGACCAUUGUCUCCUUGGGUCGACUUGCUUUCCAGCAACUGGAGAAGGGCAAUCUGAUCUUCUAUGAAAAUGAUCUGAGAGAGUGUGGCAUGGAUGCCAAAGAGGCUUCUGUAUACUCAGGUGUGUGCACCCAGAUCUUCAGAGAGGAGGAUGGGCUGUACCAGGAGAAGGUGUUCUGCUUUGUUCAUCUGAGCAUUCAGGAGUUCCUCGCAGCUUUAUAUGUGUUUCUGCACUACAGCAAGAGAGAGAGCAACAUGCCCAAUAUGUCUGCCCAAAGCCAAACCUCUCAGCUAUAUUCACUGCUUAGUACUGACAGACUCCAUGAGCUACACCAGACUGCAGUGGAUCUGGCCUUAGGGAACGAACAUGGACACCUGGACCUUUUCCUGAGGUUUCUUCUGGGCCUCUCACUGGAGUCAAAUCAGAAACUGUUACAUGAUCUCCUACCACAGACAGGAAGAUGCACACAGGACACAGAGGAAACAAUCAAGUAUGUCAAAGACAAGAUCAGAAAAGCCCAAAACCCAGAGAGAUGCAUCAACCUGUUCCACUGCCUGAAUGAACUGAAUGACCACUCUCUGGUAGAGGAGAUCAAUGAGUUCCUGCGGAUGCGUAAAGAAGACAGAGAGGAUCUCUCUCUUUCCCAGAUAUCAGCUCUGGCCUUUGUGCUGCUCAUGUCAGGUGAGGACAUGAAUGAGUUUAACCUGGAGAAUUAUGGGAGAUUGAGUUCACCUGCCAGAUCAGAUGCAGGUCUGCUGAGGAUGCUACCAGUGAUCAAAACAUCCACAACAAUUAAGCUGGCAAAAUGUAACCUCACAAAGGAGAGCUGUUCAGCUCUAGCUUCAGUUCUUAGGUCAAAUCCCUCCAGUCUGAGAGAACUGAUCCUAAGAGAGAAUAAUGUGGGAGAUUCAGGAUUGGAGUUGCUCUCCACUGGACUGCAGCAUCCAAAUUGUAGAUUGGAGAAACUGGAGCUGCAGAAAUGUAACCUCACAGAGAGGAGCUGUUCCUCUUUAGCUUCAGCUCUCAGAUCAAACCCCUCCAGUCUGAGACAACUGGCUUUGAGUUACAAUAAUCUGGGUGAUUCAGGAGUUAGGCUUCUUUCUGUUGAACUGGGGCAUCCAAAAUGCAGACUGGAGACGAUGCAGCUGUGGAAUUGUAACCUCACAAAGGAGAGCUGUUCAUCUCUAGCUUCAGCUCUCAGAUCAAAUCCCUCCAGUCUGAAAGAAUUGGACCUGAGUUACAAUAGAAUUGAUCAAUCUGGAGUGGAACCACUCUCUGAUCUUCUGAAAGAUCCUGCAUAUAACCUGACACAACUAGGGUAUCGCUGGUGAUCCGUCAAUCAUCCAUCCAUCUGACUGGAGCUGAGCUGCUGCAGAGGCUGCCCUUUCCCGACACUCACUAAGAUACACACACCACUGCACCACACACCAGCACUGUGUGUCCACAUCUUAACUGCCACACCUCAAUGAUUUAGUUUUUUUUAAGAUUUUUU